ACGAAGUGAAGAGAGUUUUUCAGUUCAAGAAGCUAUCGAUGUAGGUAGGUGGAGCGGUUGUUGAGGAAUCAACACCGUAUGGUCUAAGUGAAAGUUGGAUGAUUUUGGAAGAGAAACAGAGGGGACACGAGAUACGUAAGGGGAAAAUGUGCAGUUACUUCGAAAAAUACCUCAUGUGUCGGUAAUGUGAAGUAAUUUACCUUAACUCGUAAAAGUUCUAUGCAGAGUAACAUUAGGCUUGCGCUCUUGAAAGUUAGCUAGCCCAGUUCGUCAUGGCCACAAGAGAAAUACGACAACACAGGAGGCCUGUUAUGCAUAUCAAGCAAGAACAGGACGACGAUUCGGAUGCAGAGGAACCCCACCUCGGAUUAACGUUAAAGAGAUCUGAUGGACGGGAGAGUCAGAUCAUUCACAGUGGUCACUUCAUGGUGUCGUCCCCGCAUACCGAACACCCACCCAAAAAAGGAUAUGACUUUGACACAGUUAACAAACAAACCUGUCAAACAUAUCACUUCGGAAAGACCAGCAGGUCCCACCUUUCCAUUGAUGCAUCGUUGACGAAAUUAUUCGAAUGCAUGACCCUUGCAUACAGUGGGAAAUUAGUAUCACCAAAAUGGAAGAACUUCAAAGGACUCAAACUCCAGUGGAGAGACAAAAUACGCCUCAACAAUGCUAUCUGGAGGGCCUGGUACAUUCAGUAUGUGGAAAGGAGGGAGAACCCUGUGUGCCGAUUUGAGACUCCUCUGGAGGGCAACAUUGAUUGUGACAUCCGACCUGCAGAGGCAACUGAAGUAAAAUAUGUGAAGAGGAGAAAAGAGAUAGUUAUCCGCGAAUACCACAAAUGGAGAGCCUACUUCAAGAAGAGGUUGCAGCGACACAAGGAUGAUGACCUCUCCAGUCUCCUCAGGGGGGCGGAAGAGCAGUAUUCCCUGUUUGGGGACGCUUUCCCCGACACCUUCCGUAUGUCCUUCUGUCAGGAUGAGGAGAUGCGCCGCGUCGGCCGCAGGAGCCACGACUCACCUGUGCCCAUGGAAAUGGACCCUUUCAUCGACAUGGACGUACUGAUGUCUGAGUUCUCCGACACGUUGUUUUCCACGUUGGCAUCCCACCAGCCUAUCGCCUGGCCUAACCCCAGGGAAAUCGCCCAUGCGGGGAAUGCUGACAUGAUCCAGCCAGGUCUCAUCCCACUGCAGCCAGACUUCACAGACGAGCCCUGGCAAGAUUUGUUUCACACGCUCCGACCUCCAAUCUUCCCCUUCAGCCCACCAACACCCUCAGCCUCAGCGCAAAUCGCACUGCCCAGCAGCAGUUCCCAGUCACAGGCCCCUAUGCUCCCGUCUAUGCCCCUCCCUUCAGACCUUCAACCAAUCAGCCUAGACCACCGCCUUGUCUCAUCCCCUGGGCUGCCAAUCACCCCAGGAUUGACCAAUCAGAGUGUCCCCCGGGACCCUAAUUCUGCCUACUCUCAGAACUACAUGCCUUUGUUCGGUGUGCAAGUUGCCUCUUCCCCUCCUCAGCCCCUCCCUCUGGCAGCAAUACCCCCCUCUCUGCCGUGCCCGGCCGUUUCGGCGGAGACAGCAUCCCUGUUGCCAGGUGCUGGAGAUGGCACUGGGCCUCCACUGUCUGUCAUCACACACACAGCGUCGUCUGUGGUCACCCCCAGUAACGCUGCCACCACCUUCAGCCAGGGCACGGAGCUCCCCUCGACGCAGUUAGCCCCCGACCCCCUCAGCCAGAGCCUGCACCAGCCCCCGACCCAGCACCUCCCCCAGACUGCACCACAGGCACUGCCACAGACUCUACCUCAGCACCUCGCCCCCAAGCUGCCGCAGUCCCUCCCCCAGAGUUUACCCCAGCCGGCAGCCCAGCCCCCACUCCAGAGCGCCCCUCUCCCACCCCCGGGGCCCUCCGUCCAGCCUCAGGCGCAAGCCCAGGCAGUGGCCCUGCCCCCAGCCUUCAUCCAGCCCCGGCCUGUCGGGCCGGUUUCCAGCAAGAAGAGCCGGCACGCACAGCGCAUCGCACCCGCCAGCGCCCGGCCCUCAACCCAGCUAAUCUUUACCGCACCGUUCCCAGGGCAUACGGGGGCUGUGAUUGUCACUCCGUCCACUGUGAAGUGCGACUCUGUCCCCACUGCAGGGGUGGUCCUUGGCUCUCCAAAUGUCGCCCGGGGCUCUGCUUAUCAUCUUCUUCCUCAGACGCAGACGAAGUCUCCCCAGCCCAUAGUGCCUAAGGAGGAGACGGCUGCCUCCACUUCCAACAGCAAAACACCCACUCCAUCGCCCAGCACUGGUCUGGAGGGGCGCUCGUCUGGGCAGGGGUCUCCAUGUGGCUUGGAGCAAGCAGCCAGCCCGCAGUCUCCUCUCAAUUCCACCGUGCUACUCAAGAACGAGAACAACCAAAGCCGCCGAAUUAAUCACAUCUCUGCGGAGCAGAAGAGGCGCUUCAACAUCAAUAACGGCUUUAAGACUCUCUGCAGCCUUGUACCCACACUAAAGUCACAGUCUAACAUCAGUAAUGCGGCCACGCUUCAGAAAACGGUGGAGUACAUCGGGAAACUGCAGCAGGAGAGACAGCACAUGCAAGAGGAGAGCCGCAGACUGAAGGAGGAGAUCGAGGAGCUCCACGCCUCCAUCAGCUUGUGUCAGAAGCAGCUGCCAGAUACUGGUGUGUCCCUCACGCAGCACCACUUUAACCACAUGAGGGAGAAAUAUGACGAGUACGUCAAGAACCGGACGCUGCAGAACUGGAAGUUCUGGAUCUUCAGUGUGAUCAUAAAGCCACUGUUUGAGUCUUUUAAUGGGAGCGUGUCCACCAAGAGCAAAGAGGAGCUGUGUGAGACAACUCUACAGUGGUUGGACCGCCACUGUGCCCUUCCAGUGCUUCGCCCCAUGGUUCUGGGCACUCUCCGACAACUGAGCACAACCACCUCCAUCAUUGGUAACCCCUCCCUCCUGCCAGAGGAAGCCAAGCAGGCCGUCACCAAGCAGCGUGCUGCAGAGCCCUGAGCCUCCUCCCCGGGGUCCCGGUCAACCGUCCAGAUAAGGACUCUGCCGAGGUGUAGGGCUGCCGGUUAGGAUGCCCGAGGCGCUGGACUUUGCCAGGCAAAUGACUCUUUGAAGACCAGCCCUGAGGAUUUUGUGUUUUUUUUUUUUUUUCCCCAGUUACCAAAAGAAAGGGAAAAUAAAUUCAUGCCUUGGAGAGGUGGGGAGAGCGAUGAGAUUCGGGUCAGAGGAGGAGCUUGAGUGGAUGGUGUAACAUGGAGCUUGACUACAUCUUCAUGUCUGUUCUCCGACUUUUUUUUAAGUUACUGAAACAAGCAAGGUUUGUGACGUCGAGUGCUCCAAUAGGGAAGUCUCCUCAGAGGGAUCUUUACUCCACUUCUCUGUGAGCUGCUUUUAUUUAUUUUGCUGUUUUAAGGACACACUACACACACUUCAGAAGGUAGGGUAGGAGAAUGCACGCCUGAGAAAAAGCGGUUUUCUCCCCCGUUCCCUCUGAUGUGGAAGCUGGUUCCACUUUGCACUGCUUGGUCCCUUGGGCCUCCAUGUACCUGGUUGUGGGAAAAGAGGUGGAGAGCAGAGCAGACGCUCUUUCGUCAUUCGCCACUCAGGGGCUUCCUUGUGUUCGGCCUUCCACCCCCUUUUUCUGUAUGGAAACCAAACCUCAAUAUCUUUUUGGUGUAAUCUCUUGCUUCUGGGCAAGAUGUGAUGUCAUGUGCCUCAGCUUCUUAACACUGGGGCACCAGAAGCACAAGCCGUGUGUGUGUGUGUGUGUGUGUGUGUGUGGCCUUUGUGUGUGACUUGGUAAAGUCAAGUCUUGUAGACACUGUGAAUGUGCAAGGAAAGGCCUUAAUGGUUUGUUUGCUGGUUGUUGUUUAUCUUCCUCCUGCUCAGGGACACUGUCACAGAUCACGCCAUCACACAGGAAAUUGACUUGCAUAACCUCACUUCACAGGAAAUCUCGGCACAUGGCUCUUGUCUAUGGCCGUGAGCAGUAACCCCAUUCACGAGCCCUGCUUAAUGUACUAUCAGUAUUGGUUUAGGCAGACCACUCACUUUCAGCUCACUCUGAGCAAACCUUUCAAAACAAAGCUCAGGCAUGCAAGUUAAACAUGUAAAUUGUACAGAUGUGCGAAAGAAAUAAAGACUAAUGUUUUGAAUUGUGUUUUCGGCUAGGUUUCACCUCUGUGGUAACCAAGCGAUCAGUCUUAUUUCAAAGUACAGUUCCUCUACCAAAGUUGUGGUCUAACUGAGGCUUGGACGUCAGAGAAUUAUUGAACUUUAGAAGAUUAUAUUUUUCUAAACUCUGCUACCACAUCCCAGCUAUUGCCAUCAUGUUUGUGUGUGUGUGUGUUUUGUUUGACUGUGCACAUGUGAAUGCAACUCAAUGACCAUUUUGGUUUAUUGCUGAGUGUGUGAAGUCAUUGCUCGAGGAUUUACUGACUCGGCCCUCAAAUUAUCUGAUCUGAGGCAUCUUCAGCAAGCCUGCCAGGCCUGUUUGGCAUUAACAGACCGCCACCGUUGACCCAAGCUCCCCUCACUGGCCCUAGCCUUCCCUUCUCUCUCUCUGCAGUAGUACACACGUCAGGUUUUAGACAUUGCCGCAAGCAAUCACAAUUUUUCACAAUUUUCCCAAAUCUUUCACAAUUUUCUGUUUGUGUCCAGGGGACGAGUAGGCAAUAAAGUAAGUCCAACUCCUCCAUGGCCUCUUUGGUACUUACUAAUAUGAACAAAAACAUCAAUACUGCUCCGCGUGAUCUCAUACACACAUGUGAACACUUAAUCAUUUUGCUUUGUCUCUUUUUCCUUUCUUAUUUUAUUAUGAAAAAGUCAAAUUGCUUACGUUUUGGAUAGUAUCAUGUUUUGUCACUCAUGAGAAGCUCUUAAGUUUGCCCAGGAGGAAAAGCCCUGCAUUUUAUCUUUGGUUUGUUUUGGAUGGAUUGUGUAAUGCAAAGACUGUGGAUUUUACAAAGGCUGGAACUAAAUUACAGUAUUGUACAUAUUGUUUUGUCAUUUUGUUUCUGUCCAAGUAAAGAAAAGCCUUUUUGUAA